CUAUCAAUUCACUUUUCGAUUGAUAUAAUGGAAUAUGCAAUUGCUACAUGUUUUAUUACAACAUUUGAAGUUUUCACUGAAGUUUCAGGAUUAUUUGGUGGUAGAAAUUGGUCAACACCUUGUAUAUAUCCUUAUUACGGUGAGCAGUGCAAGCACCAGUGUAACUGUACUGAGGAGUUAUGCGAUCAUAUCAUAGGAUGUUUCCAACAACAAGGCUGCUCUGCUGGAUUUUAUGGGGUAAAUUGUACAGCGCCCUGCAGAUAUCCAAGCUAUGGUGAAUUAUGUCAGCAAAAGUGCAACUGUUCUGAAGAAUUUUGCGACCACAUUAAAGGAUGUCUGAUAUAUCAACAACAAGGCUGCUCGGCUGGAUUUUAUGGUGUAAAUUGUACAGCACACUGCAGAUAUCCAAGCUAUGGUGAAUUAUGUCAACAAAAGUGCAACUGCUCUGAACAAUUUUGCGACAACAUCGAAGGAUGUAUGAUCAAUCAAAACCAAGGCUGCUCUGCUGGAUUUUAUGGUGUAAAUUGUAUAGAUCACUGCAGAUAUCCAAGCUAUGGUGAAUUAUGUCAGCGAAAGUGCAACUGCUCUGAACAAUUUUGCGACCACAUCCAAGGAUGUAUGAUGUAUCAACAAGGCUGCUCUGCUGGAUUUUAUGGGGUAAAUUGUACAGCACACUGCAGAUAUCCAAGCUAUGGUGAAUUAUGUCGGCAAAAGUGCAACUGCUCUGAACGAUUUUGCGACCACACCCAAGGAUGUAUGAUGUAUCAACAAGAAUCAUUAACUGUACCUGGCGCUUUCAAUGAAAAUGUUAACAUUAAGAAAUCUUUCAUGGAGAAACAUCAAGAAGACCUCGUGAUAGGGAUCAGCAUUUCAUUUGUUCUCGUUGUGAUUUGCGUGUCUUUCACGGUAAAACUACAAAUAAUAAGGAAAAAGAGAGCCAAGGAAUCUCGAUACCCAUCAUCGUACGUGGCAUGCCCGUUAAACGACAUCAGAUCUAGCCAAUACUUUGAGAGCCAUUUUGUUUUCAGAGGCAAUAAUCCGGAAGCAUACGAAAAUUUACACAAUAGUUAUUAAUUUGUGAUGUAAUUAUCUAUUAAUUUUCGAACAAACGCUUGCACUUUUCUCAAAUUUUAUUUUUUUUAUUUUCAUUUCUAUUGCAAAAGAAGUUAUUUACACCAUUUUCCACCUAUGAUAUCAUUCCAAAGUUGUGUCAUAAUACCCGACAUCAUAAAUAUAUUAUAUCCAAUACUUAUCUUUGAAAACCCUUAAUGUAUCAACGUGAUCUGAGUUGUACAAAUACAACUCUUAGAUAAGAUUACAAGGUUGAAAAAAUAGCUUAAUUUUUUUUAUUUUGUUACUAUAAUCAUAAAUACACUUUUUUGAUAGAAUUUGUCAACAUCUAUUGUGUACUUUGAAUAUCAUUAGUAUUUUGGAAAUGAUGUUUGUUUCUUGUGCGUAUCAAACACAUUCUAACAUGUUGAAAACUUCCGUGACAAAUAUUCCUGAUUUGUACAAAAAGCUUUCUAUAUUGGAUAAUUAAGGAAAUCGUACAACUUUGUAUAAGUUGAUAUGAAUAUGUUUUAUUUCCUCUUGUAACCUAAAUAGUAUAGUUAUAAUAAAUUUAGUUUGAUAUAAUUCGAAACAUUUAAUUAUAAAUAUGGUAUUCCAAUGCAUUUCCUUGAUUUUUUGUCCUUUAAUCAUUAUUUUGUUCCCAUAAGUUUGUUUCGAGGAAAACAAAUUUAAAAAUAGAUUAUGUAUUAAGUACAACUUUUGUCGUAUACAUUUUUUAUGCAAAUCCGGUUUUUCUUACUCGAUAUAACUCUAUAGAAAUAAAACCCAGAAAUGCAUCUAAUUUUAAUAAGAAAUACAUGGCUAUAUAAAAUGCAGUGUUAAUACAUCGCGUCAAUUUUCAUAAACAUUAUUUGUUUUAUCCGUAAGAAAAAACAUAUUUCUUUGUUUGAUGAUGGUGUUUGAGUCAUUAAUUAGAUAAUGGAAUGAUCAAAUCUAACAUGCACAUUAGCUCUGUGGGGUUUUGUUUGUUUUAAGGUCAGACGACACGUUCCUCAAUUUUAGAUAACUUUUUCCGGGAAUUUGUAAAUGGUUUACUACUACUUUGACAAGCUUUCUUGCAAAAAAUUAGGGUACCUUACCAGGCAUUUCUGCAAAAUACUAGAGUAUGCAAUUUCCUAUAUAAUCUUCUUGAAAAUACACUUGAAUUGCUGAUAUAAAAAUAAAUACAUCUACAGCACAGCGAAAUUCACAAUAUUAUAACUAUAUAUCGGCCGGGGCGGGGCUUCGAACUCACGUCCACUAAAACCUAUACGCUUCAAGCAGUGAGCGGCCACGGUUCUAACCACUCGACCAUCUAGACAUUUACCAAGAGCAAGUAAAUUUUGAUUAUUUUUAAAGUAAUUAUAAAAAUUCAUAUUUUUUAUUGGAACUCUUUAUUACGAGGAGAUACAAAAAAAAUUCUCGAGGAACGUGUCGUCUGACCUUAAGGUUCAUAUUUGAGCUAAAUUCGAACUCUGUUUUUGCAUUAUUUAGCUUAAAUCAUAGUCAUGGGACUUUAUAUACUAUCAUACAACAGUCGUGCAUUUUCUAGUUACAUGAUGCACUCAUUAAAAUAUUGU